AUGAAUCCUCUCGAUGUCUCCACGUUGAUCGGGACUUUCGGCAGAUACCAAUUCCUGGUGAUGAUGGUCACCGUGUUACGGGCCUUCCCGACGUCCUGGACUCUGACCAGUAUCGACUUCAUCGCCGGCGACGUAGACCACUGGUGUGCGCCCCCGAAUCGCGAAGUGUGGAAUCAAGAUCACUGGAAAGCGACGGCCAUCCCAUCAAAAGAUGGAAAGCAGAGCCGAUGUCAGCACCAUCGGAUUGUGAACGGUCAACUCUGGUUCAACGAAACCGUCGACUGCGCGGACUGGGAAUACGAUGAAGCGGCGCCGAGCAGCGCGCUGGUGGAGUGGCAUCUCGUCUGCGGGCGCGAUUGGAUGCGCUCGGCAAUGCAGAGCGUCACGUUCGUGGGCCAAUUCUUCGGAGCGCUGAUAAUUGGAAGAUUGGCCGAUCAGUACGGGAGAAGAUACAUGCUCAAUGUAUCCUCGGUGUGCAUGUUCAUUUUCGCCGUGCUCGGCUCGUUCAGCCCGACGGUACACAUCUUCAACAUGUUGAGAUUCGUACAGGCGGUUGCGGUUUCCGGACUCCAAACCACGUCCGCGGCGUUAUUCACUGAAAUAUCGCUUCCUCGGGAUCGGAAUCUCUUGAACAUAGGGUUUUCGCUCGGCUUCACCGUCCCUAUGAUCCUGUUACCAUUUCUCGCCUAUGGGCUGGACAACUGGCGCGCCGUUCAAGCUGCGGCCGGACUGUCCACGAUUCUUAUGCUGCCGGUGCUCGUGGUUCUGGAGGAAUCGCCCCGAUGGCUACUCUCGAAAGGGAGGAUAUCCGACGCUAAAUCGGCCCUAACGAAGAUAUUCCGGAUGAAUAGACGCCAGGUGCCGGAUUUGGAAGCGAUGGUCCCCGCGCUGCUCAGUAAAGUUCAAGCGGACAGUGCGACGGGAGAAAACGCGGGUCUGAAGGAAAUCUGGAAACAUCGAAAUCUCCGCAAAAAUGUUCUAUUCCUGUUCGCUUUCUGGUUCUUAGAGAAUUUGUUCUACUUCUCGAACGCCUUCCUAGCCACUCGAUUGGGAGGAAGUCGCUUCGUCAGUUUCUCAGUCUCAGCUGCGGCAGAAAUUCCCGGUGGACUCCUCAGUAUCUACAUCAUCCGUCACAUGGCUCGUCGGAAAUCCCUCUUCAUUCUACUGAUCUUAGCUGCCUUGGCCGCUUCCCUUCUCGCUGUGCUAUCUCCAGAACUUUUUGUCCUCCGUCUAGGACUCAACAUGACGUGCAGAUUCCUGCUGGUCAUGACCACCGCUAUAAAAUGGGUUUACACCUUCGAGGUUCUUCCGACACAGGCACGGAGUUUCGGUUUCGCAUGCUGCUACUGUUUCGGCCGAGUGGGGGGUAUGAUAGCGCCUUUCAUGAGAGACUUGUUCCGGUGGAAACCUCCUGUGCCUUUCGCUAUCCUAGGCACUUGUGCAAUCUUGGCGGCUCUCAUACUGAAGUUCCUUCCGGAAACACUGAAUGUGGACCUGCCCGAUAGUUUCUCGGAGUCUGACAAGCUGGGAGAGAAGGAGAAGAAUGAGAAGUCGCUUGCGAAUCAUUGAUAGACGAGGAACCCCAAAAACUCUGACUCAUGCCUUCUCAGAAUUGGUGAGAACAUUUCCACCGGGGUCUUAUACAUUGCGAGCGUAGGGAACGAGGCCAUCGUGGGAGGAGGAACGCUGUCUUUAUUGGGGUUGGAGCGCAUGUAUAUUUCUAGAAUAAAUCGUGAGAAU